AUGGCCUCCCGCUAUUUCGACCUAUGCCCGUACCACCUUACUGGCUUCCCCGAGGAAAGCGAAAAUUCUUCCCGAUGUGCUAAUCGAGUACGUAAAGACGCAUCUUCUCUUAAUUUACAGUUUUCCUCACAUAUAUCACUAUCAAAAUCAGCCAAUGGUGUCACUUUUGCUGAGGUCACGCCCGGGCCAGGGGCUGCACCGGGCAAGCCAAAGAAUGCAAGAAUUUGUACGGCCGCCAAUUGUUUCAAAGCCCUUGUCAAUGAGCCCACACCACUUGAUAUGCAGACCCAAGGGCGAGUAACGACGUCAGAUAUCGGCUGCCAGAAAGGGGGCUCGCUCCUGGAUAGACCCACACCAACCGCCAGCAUUCCUCAUCCUGAUACAGUGGGAAGAAGCCCAGUGGUGACGGACGAUAGCUUAUCCAUGUUCUCAGGCUAUAGUGGUCUCAGUGCUUGCUCCACUCUCUGCCAAAGGGAGAGCUCGGCUGAGGUCACCAACGAUGCCCAUGACGAUGAGAUCACUGCGGAAGAAGCUCCCCGGCUUACUUUUUCCUGCCUUCGUCCUAGUUUUCCAACAUUAAGGUCACCUCUGCCACAUGAACUUGCUUUCAAUAGACUUUUUAUCUCUCACACAAUUCCACCUUGGAAAUUUGGCGACAAUACAGUUCAGAUACCUCUUUCAAACAACGUCCAUGGAUUGAGCGAGGACGAUGAAGAAAGCUCGGUAGCCAAAGAACGAUAUCAAAGACGUUCUGCCAGCCCCACGGAAGCUCAUAUAUUUAUUCAACAAAUGAAUCAACAAAAUUUUGAUGCCCCUUAUCCAGUUCGUGCCCAUGUUCUUAGCCCACAGUGUGGCGAAGAACAAGACAAUGACGCCUCCGCUCUUCCAAUAUCCCAUGAAAAACUUCUAUCAACGUUUCUAAAAGUUCACCAAAAUCAACAGCAUGAAGAUCAAAGCUCUCCCAUGGAUUCAAUCAAAUACCCAAAUAGCCUAUACAUUCGUAAUGGCAGUUUUGGUGAUAUUAACUCUUCUACUCGAUCGCUUAACCGAGAUCCAAGCAGACCCGAGUCUCCUAGGAGAAAAUGGUGGGAAAAGCAAAAGAACCGAAGCCCGUCCCCGAAAUCUUUACCUUUUAAUGUUAGUGGGAAAGGGUCGUUCUCGAGCACAUCCAGCCAGUGUCCAACACUGGUGCACUCUGGGGGCAGCGAGUGCUUCCCAAAUCGACAGCUAAGUGAAGAUGGAUCUCGAGAUGAUGUUCGACUCAAAGUGUACUUUGCUGAUGUUCAUUCUCGUCAACGAUAUCUCCUACGUCUCUGCAAAGCUUUGAUGAAGUUUGGCGCUCCAACCCACAGGUUAGAGGAAUACAUGAGCAUGACUUCCAAAGUGUUGGACGUUGAUGCGCAGUUUUUGUAUAUUCCUGGUUGUAUGGUCGUGUCUUUCGACGAGGUCGGCACACAUGCAACAGAUGUGAAACUAGUUAAAGCAGCCCAAGGAGUUGAUCUAGGACGACUAUUUGAAGUUCAUAAGAUCUACAAAGAGGUCGUCCACGAUGUCAUUGGCAUUGAAAAAGCCAUCGAAGAACUAGACAGUAUCAUGAAGCGAAAACCCAAGUUCAAUGUUUGGUUUUUGAUCCUGAUGCAUGGCUGCGCCAGUGCCUCGGUUGGUCCCUUUGCUUUUGGAGCCCGUCCUAUUGACAUGCCAGUCGCUUUUAUUCUGGGGUGUCUACUUGGUAUCCUACAGUUGGUGUUAUCUCCACGGUCUUACUUAUACUCAAACGUGUUCGAAAUUACUGCCGCGGUUCUCACCUCGUUCCUAGCACGAGCCUUUGGUUCUAUUCCAUAUAAUGGCAGCCGGCUUUUUUGUUUCUCUGCUCUGGCGCAAUCCUCAAUUGCCCUAAUUCUACCGGGGUAUAUGGUUCUGUGCGGGAGUCUCGAGCUGCAGUCGCGCAGUAUUGUUGCCGGCUCGGUUCGGAUGGUGUACUCUAUUAUCUAUUCACUUUUUCUUGGAUUUGGUAUCACCAUUGGGACUUCGGUAUAUGGUUUAUUAGACACCAACGCUACUUCAGAUUACAUUUGCCCACCCAGUCCCAUCCAAAACCCCUACCUUCAACGGUUACCUUUUGUUUUGAUGUUCACCUUCUGCCUAACGACUAUUAAUCAAUCGAAAUGGCGACAGAUUCCAAUGAUGCUAUUGAUCUCUUUUUUCGGGUAUCUCACUACUUAUUUAUCAACAAAGAGAUUUGGAUACAACACCCAAGUCGUCAAUGCAUUGGGGGCUUUUGUCAUCGGAGUCAUGGGAAAUCUUUACAGUCGGCUCGGACAUGGCCUAGCAGCCGCCGCAAUUCUUCCGGCUAUUUUUGUUCAGGUUCCAUCUGGCCUUGCAGCGAGUGGCUCGCUAGUCUCUAGUCUUACUUCGGCUGACGAAAUAAGUCACAAUACUUCAUUCUAUUCCAUUAUAAAUAACGGAACUCAAGGGUUUCUUGAGGCACAACAAAACAUAUCAGUCUACGGAAGCAAAUUGUACAGCGGAGUUGUCUUUGACAUUGGAUUUGGAAUGGUUCAAGUAGCCAUUGGUAUUACCGUGGGCUUGUUUCUGGCAGCCUUGGUCGUCUAUCCGUUAGGAAAGAAACGAAGCGGUCUCUUCAGUUUCUAA